CUUCUACAAAAACCAUUGUAUCUUCCUACCAAAAAAUUUUUUGAAUUACAUUACAUGUUUAUAACUUUGCAACUUUAUCUUUCAUUCAUUUAGAUCAAUUCUUUAACCUGGCUUUUUUCAAACUUUCUCUUCCUUAGUUCAACAUUUAUAAAACUCUACCCAGUAUCUUACUUCAGACUACCCAUCUAUUUUUUCCCCUAUAAAAAAAGCACCAAUUAAUAAACAAAGUUUGUAUCGUUCUGGCUUCAGUUAAGUCGAUUGUGUAACAAUACGUUUAUAAAAAUCUACACAUUAUGUAAGGUAUUUCCCAUUCGGCUUGAAAUCGUAUCUGAAAAAACCAAAAAAAAAAGAAAAAGACCAUUUAAGUCCAGAAUUGAAGUCUAUGAAAAUGGAAAGUGGGGAUGGGCCAACACCACCGGUGUCAGCACCAGCAACUCCUGGAACACCAGGAGGUCCAUUGUUCACAUCUCUACGAGUAGACUCGUUGUCGUACGAUCGCAAGUCAAUGCCACGUUGCAAAUGUCUGCCCGUUGCUGCACCGUCAUUCGGUGCACAUCAUACGUGUUUCACAGAUUUUGCUACUCCUGAUAUCUCUCUCACCCGAAAGUUGGGAGCAGAAUUCGUGGGAACAUUUAUAUUGAUAUUCGCAGCAACAGCAGGACCGAUAGUGAACCAAAAAUACUCUGGAUCAGAGACACUAAUAGGGAAUGCAGCAUGUGCAGGGCUGGCAGUGAUGAUAAUUAUUCUGUCAACGGGUCAUAUCUCAGGAGCCCAUUUGAACCCGUCCCUCACAAUUGCAUUCGCAGCACUGCGUCAUUUUCCAUGGGCACAUGUCCCUGCCUACAUCUUAGCACAAGUAUCCGCUUCAAUCUGUGCUUCUUUUGCUCUCAAAGGUGUCUUCCAUCCCUUUAUGUCCGGAGGUGUCACAGUUCCUUCUGUUAGCACUGGCCAAGCUUUUGCCCUCGAGUUCAUCAUCACCUUUAAUCUCCUGUUUGUUGUCACAGCUGUCGCUACUGAUACUCGUGCUGUUGGAGAAUUGGCAGGUAUAGCAGUUGGAGCUACCGUUAUGCUCAACAUUCUAGUUGCUGGGCCAUCAAGUGGUGCGUCAAUGAAUCCAGUGCGUACACUGGGUCCAGCAGUGGCGACAGGGAAUUACACGGUAUUAUGGUUAUACAUAUUGGCACCCACACUUGGAGCACUUGUUGGAGCUGGAGUCUACACAUUGGUCAAACUUCAAGAAGGCGAGGGAGAACAACCACGUGAAGUCCGAAGCUUCCGUCGGUAGUUUGUUCUAGGGCAGAUAUCGGGAUGCAGGGUAUAUAAGAUCCAUUAUAGCCGCCGAUAAUAAUAAUUAUACUAAUAAAAUGGGAUGUCAUUGAAAUAGAAUGUCCCAUGGAAGUGGUGUGCGAUUGACUUAUAGCGUUUUCUUUACAUAUUCGGUCGUUCAUUGUUGUUACAGAAUCUAUGGACUUGUAGUCAUGUCUGUUUGUUCAAAGUUGUAAUAUAUGAAACCUUUGUUUUCA